AUGGAAGGAUCAUCAUCAGGUGUGAGAAAAGGUGCAUGGAGUAAAAUUGAAGAUGAUCUUCUCAAAACUUGGGUUCAAAUAUAUGGAGAAGGAAAAUGGCACCUUGUUCCUCAAAGAGCAGGGUUGAACAGAUGCAGCAAGAGUUGUAGAAUGAGAUGGUUGAACUAUCUAAAACCAAAUAUCAAGCGAGGAGAUUUCAGUGAAGAUGAGAUUGAUAUGAUGAUCAGAUUGCAUAAGCUUUUGGGAAACAGAUGGUCCCUAAUUGCAGGAAGGCUUCCGGGAAGAACUUCAAACGAUGUUAAAAAUUAUUGGAACACCUACAUGCGACGUAAAGUGCAAUCUCACAACAACGACAACAACGUAAAGCAACAAGAGGUCGAAUCAACAGUGAAACCCCACGAAGUCAUAAAGCCUGUACCUCGAUCUUUGUCAAAAACAUCCUCUUUGUUGCAAGGGAAAUUCAUUAGUAGUUCCAAAGUUGGUGUUCGUGAAACAAGUGCAGGUUCAUUAUUAGGAUCUGAGAAUUGGUGGGAAACUUUGUUAGAUGACAAGGAAGAUAAUGCAUGUAACAACAAGUGCUUCUUUGAUGGGGGAGAUGGAUCACUUGAUCUUUGGGAUAUCUUAUUUCCAUUGAUUGUGACUUUCUUGCACAAGGUGAAACUUUGA